UGGGUGAUGCCGGGAUUGGUUCCGGGUCAGGCGGCACCGCAUGGAGCGGUGAGGGGAGAUAGAGGCAGCGCCAGUCCGAGGGCUGGGCCUGCGGGGAGAGUUGGCUGCACCAUGGUUUUCCUGAAGUGUUUCCCUCCCCCGGCCGAGGGGGUGCGCCUGCAGCAGCCCGAGAUCGCGGCGGUGCUGGACGGCAAGGGACUGGGCACCGGCACUCUGUAUAUCGCCGAGAGUCGACUGUCUUGGUUUGAUGGAUCUGGCAUGGGAUUCUCCUUGGAAUAUCCAUCCAUCAGUCUGCAUGCUGUGUCCCGGGACGUGACGGUUUAUCCCCAGGAGCACCUGUAUGUGAUGGUGAAUGCCAAGCUGGGGGAAGAUGACAAAGAAGCAAAUAUGGAAGAAAAGGCAUCUGAUGGUGAAGAGGCAGAGGAUGAUGAUGAGGCCGACCCGAUCACAGAGGUUCGAUUUGUGCCAGUGGACAAAACAGCUUUGGAUCAGAUGUUCACAGCAAUGUGCGACUGCCAGGCUCUACAUCCAGACCCCGAUGACACGGACUCGGAGAAUGAUUUCGAGGAGGAUGACGAAGAAGGAGAGGAGUAUGAUGUGGAGGCUCACGAACAAGGCCAGGGUGACAUUCCCACAUUCUGCACGUAUGACGAAGCUUUCUCCCACUUGAACCCAGAGGGACAGGCAACUCUGCAGAGACUCGAGGGCAUGCUGGCUCAGUCAGCCGCCCAGCAGGUUUUCCACAUGGCUGGUGUACGGACAGAUGACUCGGCUGUUGACAAUGAAGAUGGGAUGGAGGUGGAUGCCACACCAGUGGAGGCUGGGCAGUUCGACGAUGCUGAUGUUGAUCACUGACAAAACUUGAUAAUUAACUGUUAAAAGCUACAUCUCAACAUGAAUGGUCAUCUGGAAGUUUAACAUUGGAGGAAAACAAGACAGCCAGCUAACCUGUUGAAAUGUAAUACAUGUAUUGUACUGACCACUGACACUUCAUUUGCCUGACCUGUAAAUGUGGUACAACAUGCUUAGUAUAGUGCUGUUUCCAUAGUGUAUGUUUUGUACCAAGGAGUUUUACAAGAUUACAGUGCUGAGCAAAAAAUAUUUUGUACUCUUGAGUGGAUGACUGGUCUUAGUGGCUUUCGAAUCUCCUCUUUGGGAGGCUUAGAGCAUUUGGGGAAAUCCCAAAACGUUAGUAAAGUUUUCUUACUUAAGCCCAUCACCCCUACUGGGGCAUAGGCCGCUGACAGUAGCUUGACAGUCUUCUGUCCUAAGCUGGCAUUUAAAGUUGUCCCAGUUGUAGCCAAUCAUCAAAGGUCCUCUUUCUCCCAGGGAUGAGGUCUUUGGAGUUUCUGUUGCACUGGGUUUUUACGCAAUGGGGUUGCUAACCCUAUGCCCUACCCUCCUUCUCUCACAGCUGGGCUUGGGACUGUCCAUGGUGGAAUUUGUAACAAAUUUUCUGAUUCAUAUUUUGUUGUUUUUGCCAUGUAACUAAUGACCAGUAUUUUGUUCAGAAGUGUUUUAAAGCUGAAAUGUUAACCUGAUGACAAUUAAACUAAUUGGUUCACAAUUA